AUGGCAACUUCAGAUGUAUUAAAUUUUACAGCUAAUGGUUCAAAUUUAAACGACACUGGAGAAAUAAGAAUCAUCAUUAAACAGCAAUAUCUGUUUGCACUCCCAUCUGAGGCUUUUCUUUUGUUUAAAGGAAGACUUCUUAAAGCUGAUGGAACAGCUUAUGCUAAUGCGGAUGCAGUUUCACUUACAAGCAAUGUUUUUUAUCCUGGUCAAGCAACUACAAUGUUAGGAAUGCUUAAAUAUCCCAACGACUUUCAAUUAGUACAAGGAUUAAAUCAAUUGUGGACUAAAGAUUCUGGAGCGACAGCAAAACCAGAUGCAAAAGGAACAUUUUUAUUUUGUGUUCCUAUUAGAUACAUUUUUGGAUUCUGUGAUGAUUACAAUAAAGUUAUUUAUAGAUUUGAGCAUACACUAACUCUUGUUAGAAAAAGUGAUAACGAUGCCGUUUUUAGAAAUGCAGCUGCAGCUGCAGGAAAAGUUAAUUUUGAUAAAAUAUCAUUGUUUAUGCCGCAUGUUAGACGAGCAUUAAUGGAAAAAAAGAAUCUUUUAGAUGCUAUUGCAUCAAAACUAUUUCACAAGCUAUUGAUUUUACUUGAUUUUACGAGAUUAAGUGUAAAGACAUCUAGUGAAAAAGCAAGAUAUAUAAUUGUUGGAUUUCAAACAAAGAGUGGAAACCAAGAAACUAAUCCUUCAAUAUUUGAUCAUUGUGACUUGAAAAAUAUGCAAAUUUAUCUUAAUGAAGAAAAUGUAUAUUCUGCUGUUCCUUAUAAUUUAUCAUUCCGAAAUCAGCAUUUUUCAAGAGCUUAUAGAGAAGCAACAACAUAUAGUGAAAAAUUUUAUGGAUUAAAUGAAAUGAUCACAAAAAGUAACAUAGCUCCUUCUGACUAUAAAGAUUUAUACCCACUUAUGGUUUUUGAUGUUAGCAAGCAAUCGGGAAGAUAUAAAUUAACAGUAAUAGAUGUACAAAUAAGAGCCACAUUUAAUCAAAUCGUUCCAGCAGGUACUCAAGUAUAUGCUGUUGUAAUAUCUGUUGUAAUAUCUAAUGUUACAAUUUCAAGUAGACAUAGAAUGAAUAUUGUAUAUUAA